AUGAGUUCGGCUUCGCAAAAAUUAAAUUUGUCAUCUCCUCAUCGUCGUAAACGUCACGCAUCUUUGGAUGAUGAUGGAAAUAAGUCGACCGGAUUUACUGGAACAAUUCAUCGAACUCCGCCUCCGAUGCCUCCAGCACUUCUUCGUAGGAUAGGAGUUAAAGAAGUUACGGGAGUCGGAAAGGCAAAUCAACCAAGAGUUUAUUUUCCCUUGAGUUAA